ACUGAGGACCCAGACCCGAUUUUUGGGCGCUCUACGCUGUCCUUUGUCGGGAAGGAGGGGCCGCUUCGGGAGAGGUUGUGGAAGACCAAAGAGAGAAAAAGGAAAUGGCCCCGUGUCACAGGGUAAUGACCUCUUGGCCCGAGCACUUCCCACCGAAACAACUGUGAGGAAGACAAGGGCGCCCCUUUCUUCCAACAGCUGAAGAGACCUCUCAGAAGAGAGGUGUUGAUGUGUGAGGGAGUUUGCAGGGAAAGCAGUAAGAAGAAAGGAUGGGGCCACAGCAUGAGUACAUACACCACACGCACCACGCAGUUCCCUGUGGCCCCAGGACCAGACUCCAGUAUCGUCCCCUGCAGAAGGUCCGUCCGGGAGUGCUGUUGUCCCUGCAGCUCUGCUGUCCCUGGAGCUCUGGAUUGGUCCCCCUGUCCGUCUUCAUCCCGUUUCUCCCUCCCAGGGCCCAAAUGCUGUCACUUCUUGCUCUGCCAAGGAGGAGGGAACUGAAGUGACAAAGGGAGCAGCUGAGUGGGCGGCGGGGAUGGGGCACAGGUAUGGACAGGGAGGCGCAGAGGCCAGGUGGCAGUGCGACCCAGACAGGGAGCGGUGGAGCCAGGUGAAGGAUGGUGAGAACGGGGUCAGAGCAGAAACCAAAAGUAGCAGAAAGGUACAGGAGACAAGGGUACCUGUACGUGGCUGGGCACUCAGCCAUGUUAGGAGCAAAACAACCCCGGCCACCAAGUCCCUUACACGGCCUGGGGCUGUCCUUGGCCCUGGUGCUUCUAGCUGUGAGGGUUGGAUGGGCCCAGGAGGGAUCUGAGCCUGUCCUGCUGGAGGGCGAAUGCCUGGUGGUCUGUGAGCCUGGCCGAGCUGCUGCAGGUGGUCCCGGGGGCGCAGCUCUGGGAGAAGCACCCCCAGGAAGAGUGGCAUUUGCUGCAGUCCGGAGCCACCACCACGAGCCAGCAGGGGAGACAGGCAACGGCACCGGUGGGGCCAUCUACUUCGACCAGGUCCUGGUGAACGAGGGUGGAGGCUUUGACCGGGCCUCCGGCUCCUUCGUGGCCCCUGUCCGGGGAGUCUACAGCUUCCGGUUCCAUGUGGUGAAAGUGUACAACCGCCAGACUGUCCAGGUAAGCCUGAUGCUGAACACAUGGCCUGUCGUCUCAGCCUUUGCCAAUGACCCUGAUGUGACCCGGGAGGCAGCCACCAGUUCUGUGCUGCUUCCCCUGGACCCUGGGGACAGAGUGUCCCUGCGCCUGCGUCGGGGGAAUCUUCUAGGUGGCUGGAAAUAUUCCAGCUUCUCUGGCUUCCUCAUCUUCCCACUCUGAGGGUCCAGGCCUUUGAAAGACAGAAAUCCACCCCAGACUACUGCUUUACCCACCCUGCCCCCCCCCCCAGAGUUCCCUUGGGGCAAGAAAGACCUCCCAUAGGCUGCCUGUAUCCCAUCUUCUUGCAUGAAGUCCUGUGCCAAGCACAAAA